AUGCAGCAAGUAACUUCCACGGCCUCUCCCGCCCAACACACGCCCUCCAAUCCGCGACUUGCCUCCUCUUGCCUCCCUCAACCUACACACGAGCUGUGCACGAUGGCCGAGACGAUCGUGCAGAAGGACCGGGCGAACCCGUACCCGCUUAUCGACAGCGACCCCCACUUUUUCCGCGUCGUGCGGUACAUGCGUCCGUCGGACUAUGCCGUGUGGGGCGCGACCGCCGCUGCAGCGCCCGGCGCGCUCUACCUCUGGAACAUCGUCGACCGCGUGACCCUCCCCUCGCACUACUUCAAGCAGCACUACCGCCUCGGCGGCGUCCUCGGCCUCGCGGGCGGCUUCCUGCUCGCGUACCAGCGCUCCUCGUUCCGCUUCUGGGGGUGGAGCGAGAACAGCCGCGAAGUGGACUACGAUUUGAAGGAGCUGAGCGCGAGGGUGGCGAAGGGGCAGAGCCCGUAUGGCGAGAGCGGCAACCCGGAGUGGGUGCAGGCGGCCGCGCAUAGGAAUUCGGUGAAUAGCCAGAUGAAAUUGCAGACCGUCCCUAUGUUCAACCUCGUCAACCACCCACACCACGGCGUCGACGUGGCCAAGUACGGCGCGAAGAAGGAGGACGACCAGUAG